CUGGUCUUGAACUCCUGACCUCAUGAGCCACCUGCCUUGUCCUCCCAAAGUGUUGGGAUUACAGGUGUGAGCCAUGGCGCCUAGCCUAAUGAUGGUUAUUUCAUUGUACACAAAUGUAUUGAGUAUUGAGUGCUUGCCCUGAAUGGGGCUCUCUGCCAGGGAGGUCGGCUCUAACAUAGUGACGUGCUCUGCGAUUAGCAGACAGAGAUGGCUGAUUCUUUUGCUGCCAUUAAACUGAGUCUCAGAAAAGCUAGCUGGAAACAUGGUUAUACCCUAGGGAAAACCAAGAUCACAGACUUCAUUCCAGCUCCCAGGGAUUGGACAGCAGGGUGGAUGGGGGAGUCACGAUAGCAAGGCCUGUUCCCAGCCUUCAGGGGUUCCCCAUGUAUGGCUGUCAGUGCUGAGAAGGGCUCUCCUCCUCCCACCUAGGUAACGUGAAGCACCUGGUUCUCUUCCUUCAUGAGGCUGUCCUGGUGCAGUAUGUGGACACACUCAAGCUCGCAGUGCCCUCUCUCAUCUACACCUUGCAGAAUAACCUCCAGUAUGUUGCCAUCUCUAACCUACCAGCUGCCACUUUCCAGGUGACGUACCAGCUGAAGAUCCUGACCACAGCGCUGUUCUCCGUGCUCAUGCUGAACCGCAGCCUUUCCCGGCUGCAGUGGGCCUCCCUGCUGCUCCUCUUCACUGGCGUCGCCAUUGUCCAGGCACAGCAAGCCAGUGGGGGAGGCCCACGGCCACUGGAUCAGAACCCUGGGGCAGGCCUGGCAGCCGUCGUGGCCUCCUGUCUCUCCUCCGGCUUUGCAGGUGUCUACUUUGAGAAGAUCCUCAAAGGCAGCUCAGGCUCCGUGUGGCUGCGCAACCUGCAGCUGGGCCUCUUUGGCACAGCACUGGGCCUAGUGGGGCUCUGGUGGGCUGAGGGUACCGCCGUGGCCACCCGUGGUUUCUUUUUUGGGUACACGCCUGCUGUCUGGGGCGUGGUGCUCAACCAGGCCUUUGGUGGGCUACUGGUGGCUGUGGUUGUCAAGUACGCUGACAACAUCCUCAAGGGCUUUGCCACCUCCCUGUCCAUUGUGCUGUCCACUGUUGCCUCUAUUCGCCUCUUUGGCUUCCACGUGGACCCAUUAUUUGCCCUUGGCGCUGGGCUCGUCAUUGGUGCCGUCUACCUCUACAGCCUUCCCCGAGGUGCAGCCAAAGCCAUAGCCUCUGCCUCUGCUUCCGCCUCCGGGCCCUGCGUUCACCAGCAGCCUCCCGGGCAGCCACCGCCACCGCAGCUGUCUUCCCACCAUGGAGAUCUCAUCACGGAGUCCUUUCUGCCGAAGUGUCUUGUCUGGGAGAGUCCCUCCCAGCAGUCCCUCCACCUCCAUAAGGACACACUGGACAGAACUCUGCAGCUCUUCAGGAAUGACCGAUGCCUACUUGUGGGGUUCAGUUGCCCGUAGUUUGAGGCCUUCUCUCCUCCCUUACCACCACUCUGGAUCAUGUUAGCAGUUCCGUCUUUUGUGUGGCCUUGGGCCAGCUUCCCUGACACCUUGAAGAUGGACUUCUUGUGAGUCCCCAGGGAGAAAGGGACAAGAGCUAAGAUUUUUGCGUCAGCCCUUCUGGCAGAAGGUGUGGUCGGGGCCAUUUGAUUUUUAGUGGACUUGGGAUUUGUGGUGUAAUCAUAUCAUUAAUAAUCCAGGGUAUGGGAAAAAUGGAGGUCCUUGAAGUGGCUGAAUCUCAUUGUAUUUAAGACACUGUCAGUUGCCAGAUGCAGGGUUAUUUUUGGAGACGUCUAGAGAGGAAAAAUAAAGCUGCCAAUCAUACUGUUGAUAUCCGUCUGGCUGUGUGAGGCACCCCUACCUCAUGGGGGUGUCGUGGGAUUGAUGAACUGUGGAACCUGCCUCCUGCACUCCCCAAAGCUUAUUAACCCCUUAACUGUAUUGGGGCGGGGUGUGUGUGUGCAUGGAAGAUGCCUGGGCUGUCUUUGCUAUAUGUAAAUAGAGCCAUUGGAUCUUUAUUUUUGAUUAAUUUGUUCUGAUUUUUUGGUUUGUUUUUUAAGGAAUUGUAAUGAACAAAUGUCAGGAUAUCCAAUGCCAAAUAAAGAUGUUGUAUUUAUUUA